AUGGACUUACAAUUAUUGGAUGAUGUGGAAGCCAUAGCUGUUGCAUAUGCGCUACAUAAACGACAUCAGCAAAAAAAAAAAAUAUCGAAGAGGCGUUAUUGGGUACAUCCAAUUAACUUAAAAAGGCCAGAAGAAGGCCAAUUUAAUGUUAACUUUAUGGUACUUCGAGCACAUCCGGAAGAGUUUAUAAAGUACUACCGAAUGUCUACCCAAUCGUUUGACGAGUUGAUUUCAUUAUGUAGACCAUUUUUAUCAAAACAGUUGACAAAUAUGCGUGUUCCAAUUUCAAAAGAAGAAAGACUUACAAUUACUUUGAGGUAA